AUGGGACGUAAAAUAAGAACGGAAUUUUUCGAAAUGAUGGAUGUGUCGUCAAUUCAGUGGAUCGAUUGGACUCGAAACAUGAUAAAUUUUCCUGGAAUGGCUUUCUUAUUUCUCACGUCACAUGCAAGUGCCCCUGUCCAGUACAGUCACCAGGCCAUUUCUGGCCCGGUGACUGUACUGGAGAGCAAGUCCAAAAUACUGGAGAGGCAGGCUGCGGUCAUCUUCCUCCUUCAGCAUCUCUGA